AUGGCAACCUCACACGAUGUCAAUAUUCGUUGGAUCGAGCAGCUCGUCGCGACCCCUGAGCACGAGCGGUUCAGCAAUGACGACGCCUUUCAUCCGCUGACGCACCAACCCUCUCCAACAGAUCACGUCCUCCGCGGUUCGAGAUCCUUCGCAGCACGCUCCUUCCGCUCGCGCCCGUCCACCACCAGUCUCCGAGUACCCUCCAACAGGUCAAACAACGAAAACCUUUCUGCCACCGCCUUUGAAGAUUCACGCCCUUCCCUCACCGUCAAUCCACCGCCAGUUGGUCGAGUUUUGGGCGAGAUACCACCAAAUGGACAGCUCCUUCGUCAGGGACCUUUCAAGACCGGUCGUUCACCAACACCAUCCCUCAAGAAGAAGAAGGCCGAAGCCAUUGUCAAAGCCCAUGGCUCACCAACACACGUCCGCGUUACAGCUGGCGGACGGAUAGUUCCGUCGGAUCAAUCACCGCUUUGUCACCCACGCUACGGCUACAGCGCUGUCAAGACCAAUGGCGGCCUCAUCAAGUUUGCACCAAACUAUCCUGCCAAACCGCAGUGGACGCACGCCACGGAGAACGGUUUCGUCGCCCAGGACCAGCAAGGCAACCUCUGCCAGAUCGUCAACGGCACCAUCUUGCCUUUGACCGAAGUCGAUGGCGCCCUUCGCCUGCAUAUGCCCGCGCCCAACCUCAAUGUCACUCAACGCGGCUCCUCCCUUGGCCCUAUUGGUGCUCCCUUCGCCCAGAAUGGCACCCAGCCGAUUGCGCCUUCGAAUCUGAACCCCGCCACGGCCCCAGAGCCAUCUGCCGAGUCUCAGAUCACUGCGUUGGAGUUGGAGUACACCAAGCUGGCGCAUGAGCUGAAAGAUGUUGACAAGACGGAGGUCAUUCACGGCCGCACGAUGGGCAGAGUCGCCAAAGAUGCUCUCAUUGCCAAGCGCCGCGAGCUGGUCAUGAACAUGGACAAGGUUCGUAAGGCCAUCAAAGGCCUCAAGAGUCAACCACCGCCAAAUGCCCCGACUUCACCUCGCGCCAUGCUCAAUCGACAGUCGGUGUCUCCACCUCGCAACCGUCUGCCACCGUUCUUGCAGAAGCAGCAACCCGACAACAAUGCUGUGCAAGCGCCUUUCGGCGGCUUUGGCACCGGACCACCUGCAGUCUUUGGCGGUCAAUAUGUAAACCAACCACCUCCAUCUCCGGAAGAGACGUACGCCGCUCACCCAUGGGCCAUGCCACCAGCAGGCAUGUUUGUACCUCCAGCUCCAUUUGACGGAGGAAUGGCACCACCAUUUGCGCUCUUCCCACAGUCUGCGCAGCUUGGUGCUGUUGGCGACCAGCUUCCACCUCGCGUUGACGAAGGCAUUCCGCAGAAUGAUGGUGCGCGCUCCAUGGCCGAUAUCCAAAUCGGAUCACCACACCAAUCUCAUGCUGUCGCAAUCAGAGCCCCAGCGACGAAGCCCGCCAACAAUCUCAAGUCUAGCUUGAACCCCAUGAGCCCAGCAUACAAGCCUGGUGUGCCCUCCGUCAGAGAUAGGGUGCCAACGCCACUGUCCCCACUUCGCCAGCUUCAGCCUCUUGUUCAGAGUCAAAAGGCAUCCACUUCAACCAACGAGACCAUCAGCCCAGCGAAGAAGAGCACGCAUAUGCAGAGCUCGAGCGUUUCUUCCUUCGAGACUGCCGACUUCUUCCCUCGCAACACCCGCGAGUUCUCUUUGCGGCCGGAUCCAUCUGAUGGGAAGGAGAACAACGACCCCGAGCUGCCAGCCACAGGACCCAACGUGUCGCCUGCUACUCCUCACAGUCAGCAGCAGAGCAACUACAGGGCCCCGGCACCACCGCCUGGCACCCCAGUCUACCAAAACAAGGCCAUCAUCAAGGAGCCGACGCUUCAGUCAAACUUGCAAGGCCCUCGCAUUGAGAUUCCGAACCGCAGCACUCACAACGUGUCACCCAAGAGCAAGCGCGAGUGGCUCUUCAUCCAAGAGCACCCAGAUGCAGUGGCUCAGCUCCCUUCGUCCUCGCCGGAGAAGACGGUUGCUCACGCGGACGAGACUGCUACAGGUGCUGGUGCUCGUACAUCCAAUGUCUCCCGUGAGUGGUCUGAAGGCUUCGAAGCAGCCAUGCAACGUCGCCCCAUCGGCAACCGUGGAGGAGACUCUUUGCAAGGUUACGUCGCUGGUCUUCUAAGGUUGAGCUCAAUGGAACCUUCGGCCGGCGAGAAGAAUACCACAGGCCCCUCGACUGGCAGUCCGCUCUCGCGUCGUCCAUCCCCAGCCGUGACCAAUCAGGCGCAGAUGAUCGAGAUCGAGAAGGUGGCCCCAUCUCCACGCCCACCAUUUGAGACUGCUUCUCAGAGCAUGGACACCUUGAAGCAAGCUGUCUUCGCUCCGCACAACGAGAACGCCGUCUUGACGCCAGCCAUAGAUGGACCACAUGUCAAUGAAGGCUCUUACAACCUUGGCGCAUGGGCGAAGAAGAUGGAGGCUUUCCCAUUCCCAGAGCGCAGCAGCACUGCCGUCAACCAGAAUGAUAUCAACAACAGCGCCAAAGCCCAUCCAGGUACCGCACGCAGUGUCGUCGACUCUGGACAUGCUUCCGAGACUACAUCGAACGUCAGCAUCCCCUCUGGCAAGGUUCCUAUCACGGCCAAUCGCAUCAGCAGCAUGACGAGCAUUGACUCCAGCAUGUGGCCGAAGAGCCGCAUCAUGACUCCAUCGGAGUGGAAGACCGGAACCAUUGGCAUAGCGGCUGGCGUGGCUACCGGCUACUUUGCCAAUGCUCAAUUUGAUGGUACGAACGAUGUCCAGCGUUUCCUUCGCAUGCCAGGUCAGUACACUGACGCUGUCUCCAUUACAGGCGCGAACCAGUCUCAGCGUGUCACCUCCAUCACCAGCAACAACCCAGGUCGCUUCCGGGAGGGCUCGCUCGAUGGUCUCAGCAAUCCGCCAGCCUCGCCGUCGCAGGCCAUAUCACCAGUCAUCACUCCUCGCGACACUCCGGUGAAGGAGUCACCUUCCAAGCGCAAGGAGAGCACUCCAGUCAAGAACCCAUCGCCAGCGAAAGCCAAGUUCGAGCACAUGGCCGAGAAGGUCGGCAUCAAGGUUGCAUCCACUGGUAAAUCGAGCAACACCACCAACCCCGAGCCCGUCAGCCCCACCGGCAAGACUGGUCGCCGCUGGCGCGAUGUGUGGAAGCGAGGAGGCCGCGACACCGAGGAGUAA